AUGUUGGAACAAAAAUGCCUUCAGUUGCUUCUGGCAACUGCAGAUGUUGAUCACCUGUCAUAUAUUGACAGGAAUGCUGUUCUACAGAAUGGGCAACUGCACAAAAAACUCCUGUUGGAGCUCCUGGGGAGUGGACUUCUAGGAUCUUUGAAACCUGUGAAUGAGAAAAGUUCCUACCUCAAAAAAUCCCCUACAGAGACCUCUCUCUCUCUCCCUUUUUCUUAUCUCUGUGGUAUAGGCAGAGACAUCGCUUCCGUGUCAAAGAGAGAGAUUUGCGCGGGAGGCGGAGUUGACCUUUGUGUCUCAUUACUUCUCAAGAUGGCGGAGCCGUCUUCGUCCCCUUCGCCGUACCGGCCGGCGCCUCUGGCGUCGAUGCCACCGCAGCUAGACCCGGCCGAGUACGACACGUCGCUUGAGAAACGCCGCGCCGAAGCCGAGCGCCUGGCCAUCCGCGCCCGUCUCAAGCGCCAGUACCUCUUGCAACUCAACGAUCCCCGGCGGACCCAGAUCAUCGAGGACAUUGGCGUGAAUCGUUGGAAUUAUGCCAGAAUGAACCUUGUCGCUUCUAAUUUCCGCUUCACGCCAAAAACUUCUCUCCUGAGUGCUGUUUUUGGAGUAGGACCUGUUCUUUUCUGGUGGUAUGUCUUCAAAACAGAUAGGGAUCAUAAAGAGAAGCUCAGACAGGAAGGCAAGUAUGAGCAACCAUUCCAUCUCGGCUUUUAAGUUCCUGACAACUGUAUGCUGUAAAUGCUGCUAAAGGGACUUUAAUCUAUCUGUAAGCAUUGGUCCUAUUUCAAAAUAAAUCUCAGUCAGAAAUGUG